UAUAAAGUUUAUGUUGCGCGUUGGUAACCAGCCGCGCUUCGGGACGAUAGGUCGCUGGUUCGAAUUUCAGCUUUCAUUUCGCUUACAGAUCUAACAAAUACACAUAUUACACAUGCAGAAACCCCAUGGCUCAGGACAUGCCCUCCUCUUCACCUAGAAAGUUUAAGUUUACCCCAAAAGCUCCUCCUCCCAGAAAGGCGAAACCCCCCGUACCCAAAACGGAAAGAGGUGUUGAUGAUGAAGAAGCUGCCGAGACCCAGAUUCUCUUACGCCGUUUCAAUGAGGAUCUGAGGAGACAAAGGCCUAAAGUCGAAAAGAACUCUUCAGUGCAAGUUGCAUUUGGUCCUGGAGCUACACCAUCAACUUCCAUAAGGACAUAUGGCAUUUCUCAGGAUGGGAUUAGUGCUAAAAGCAGUCAGUCUGGGUUGGAAGAUUCUUCAGAUAAUGAGCAAGCCUUCUUUUCUUUGCCUUCGACUGCCAAACUUGAAGCAUUGGUGUCUUCUUCAGAUGCCGCUAAUGAUCCAGCUCAGAUGAAGAAAGAAUACAGAGAACCUUGGGAUUAUAACCGCAUCUACUAUCCUACAACUCUUCCUUUAAGACGACCUUACUCUGGAGACCCAGAAAAACUUGAUAAAGCAGAAUUUGGGGAGGCUGGAACUGGUUUGGAGUAUGAUGAAAACACUCUAAAUCCUGCUGUCGAGCUUGGGUUGCUGGAGGAAACUGAGAAAGGAAGGAUGAUUUUUCUCCAACUUCCUCCUAACCUGCCCUUGAUUAAGCGGUCAGCAAGUGCAGCAGGGAAAGAAAAAGUUGACAGUUCAAUAUCAACGGGGAGUGUAUUUGCUUCAGCUGGAGAAAUGGGGAAAGAGAUAGCUGGCAGUUCAACAUUAUUGAGAGGCACAGGUGUUUCAGGAAAGGGCUGCAAGUUGGAAGAGUUAUCAGGGGGAUAUUUGGGCAAAAUGCUGGUUUACAAGAGUGGAGCUGUCAAGUUGAAGCUAGGGGGAGUUCUAUAUGAUGUUUCACCUGGUUCAGAUUGUAUAUUUGCCCAAGAUGUGGUGGCAAUCAAUACCAAUGAGAAACACUGUUGCUGCCUUGGAGACCUCGACAAGAGGGCUGUUAUCACUCCUGAUGUUGAUUUUCUCUUGAAUGAUGUGAUCAAUUUGGGCUAAAUGCUACCUUGGAGGAGAACAUAGGAGAACAUUCAACAUGGUAGGCAACAGUUUGUAUAUUUGGAUGAGCAAGAUUUACUAACAAUGCUGGCCAGCUAGCCUGUAAAAUCUCUUAGUAUAUAUAAAUUGUAAUCAUGGCCUACAUCUUAUUCCUGGUCAAAUUCUGAAAGUACAUUUUUCUGUGAAGCAUGGGAUGCAAUUAGGAAUUCGUAAUGGGCAAGUAAGGUCAUGAGCUUCAUGUGAUGUAUAUGAUGCACAGUUAAGCUCUAAUAUUUCCUUGUCUGAUCA